UUGGAUAACUUUUUUAAUGAUGGACUCAUUGUGGUCUGAUUCUGGUUUGGAAGAGGGAAAACCCAUAACCACGUCUUUUUCUUUCUUGAAGAGACUCUAUCUUCGGCAAUUAAUGUUUCUGAAUUUUUAGAUCCGCUUCUUCGAGAAGGACAAAAUCAAAAUUCAAGAACACUUAACUGUGUCCACUCAUUUGGAUUGAAAAUGGAGAACAUAAGGGCUCAGAGUCAGGGUGGCAUUCAAGCAUUGCUGGCAGCUGAACAGGAGGCCCAACAGAUUGUUUCCAGUGCAAGAAAUGCAAAGAUGGCGAGGCUGAAGCAAGCAAAACAAGAAGCAGAGAGAGAGAUUGCAGCAUUUCGAGCUCAAUUAGAGGCUGAGCAUCAAAAGAAGAACGCAGGAGAUGCCAGCUUCGCUGUCAAUUGGUUAGAACAGGAAACGGAGGCCAAGAUCCAGAAUUUGAAGAAUGCAUCUGCAGCAGUCUCUCAGGAUAUUGUCUCCAUGAUCAUGAAGCAUGUAAAGACUGUCAAAGUUUGAGUUUAUUCCCACAGUCUCUUUCUUACGGAUCUUUUCAUUUACUUACCACUGAUUCAAGAACAUUAGCAAAGUGUUCAUUUGGUUGUUUUAAUGUUGAUAAAGAAUCAAAGGGAGGUUUAGAUCUUUGCAAAAGC